AUGACAGCCGCUGCGUGCACAUCGCAGCGCAUGUCAACCCACAUGCUCGAUAGCAUUGUCGCUCGCAAACAAGGCGUCGUCGACUCGGGCGCAGCAAGCAGCACUCUUGAGAGCGGGAUCCUCGCCCAAGCAAUCGAAGACAUCAUUGCGUUAUACCCAAAGACUAAAUGCCAAUACAACCGUUACCUCUCGUCGGUUUUAGACAUUGCCUCUGCGCCUUUAACCAAUGCUACCAUCGCUGCCACGAAACCACUCGAUCGAUUCUCCCUCGCAACAGCCAUCCACACCGCCCUCACAUCAAAAGUCGCGCCCGUCACUGCACAAUCCCAAAACGCCUACCAAGCAAUCAAUGCCUCCUUGGCACUACAGACUAGAAACGCCGCUGGAGGGCUAUGGUAUUACGUCUACCCAGAAUGGAGCUACCUCGACGGCAUGUUCUCCCUCUUGCCAUUCAUGUCAACGUAUGCCCCCGCGCACACAAACCUGACAGACAUGGUUCUCCAAGUCAGUCUGCUCCGCGACCACUGCACCCAAAAAAACACAUCCCUUCUCUUCCACGGCUACGAUUACUCCCGUCGUGCCAUCUGGGCAGACCCGAGAACUGGCGCAAGCCCAUACGUCUGGGGGCGCUCCCUCGGCUGGUUCCUCGCAUCUCUCGUCCAAACAUGGGACAAGCUGUCCUGCCAGGGCGUCCAACGAGGCGAACUCCUCACGCUAUGCAACCUGACCAAGGACAUUGCCGUCCAGCUAUCCCGUUCUCUUGUCCAGUACGCUGACCCCGAAACCGGCGCGUGGUGGCAAAUCGUUACGCUGCCUGGUGAAAGGGGAAACUAUCUCGAGAGUUCGAGCACGGCUCUCUUUACCUUUUCCUUGCUUAAAGCGCUACGCAUCGGGCUUCUUUCCGGACACCAGACGGAUUAUAAAAGUGCUGCGUUGAAGGCGUACGAGUAUACUUUGCGCGAAUUUAUUACGGAUACAGGCAACGGCACGAUUGGGUUUAAUCAGACGGUUUCUGUAUGUAGCUUAAACUCGACGGCCUCGUUUGAGUAUUACACCACGCGGCCGAUUGUGCCGAAUAGUUUAUUGGGGCAGUCGGCUUUUAUUUUGGCGGCGUUGGAGGUGGAGAGGUUGAGUUGA